UUCAGUUCAUAGCUGGUUCGUGGGCAAGCAAGUGCAAGUGCGUCUCUGUGAACAACCGCGGCAUGAAGCGUCGCGGCGCGGGACUCUUUGCUUCCGUCGCUUUGUGGACGCUUCUACUGCAGAUCACGGAUGCCGACUGGUGGCAGCUCGGAUUGCCAACUUCCAUGACCAAUUCAGUAGACUUGUCACCGGCGGCCCAUAAAGAGCGCUGCAGCAAACUAGAGUACCUGGUCGAGCGCCAAAAGCAACUGUGUUCCUUACACGACAGAAUAUUACCUGUCCUCGGAAAUGGCGCCAAGUUGGCGAUGGACGAGUGCCAACAUCAGUUUAGGAAUAGUAGAUGGAAUUGUACGGCGUUUCCCGAGAAGAACGUUACGUUCGGAAAUGUCGUAACAAUUAGAAGUAGGGAGGCGGCGUACUUAUCGGCGGUGUCGGCGGCGAGUGUAGCUUUCGCGGUGACGCGAGCGUGUUCCAAGGGGGAUCUGGCGGACUGUUCCUGCGACACGAGGAUAAGGCAGAAGAAGUCGCAGAAGUGGAAAUGGGGAGGGUGUUCGGAGGACAUAAGGUACGGGGAGAGGUUCAGCAGGGAGUUUUUGGAUGCCAAAGAGGAUGUCAACACGGCCACGGGCCUGAUGAAUCUUCAUAAUAAUGAAGCAGGAAGAAGGGGAGUCAGAUCCCGAAUGCAACGUACUUGCAAAUGUCACGGAGUUUCCGGUUCGUGCAGCAUGCAAAUCUGCUGGAAGCGCCUACCGCCCUUCCGACAAGUAGGUGAAGCUCUCUUCCAGCGCUACGAAGGCGCUUCCCACGUGAAAUUCGUGGAAAGGCGCCGGAAAAAGCUCCGCGCUAUAAGUCCCGACCUGAAGAAACCCAACAAGACCGACUUGGUCUAUCUUGACGAAUCUCCGGAUUAUUGCGAGAAGAAUGAAACAUUGAACAUUUUGGGGACCCACGGCAGGGUGUGCAAUCGCACCAGUCAAGGGAUUGACGGCUGCAGAUUGCUCUGCUGUGGCAGGGGCUACCAGACGCGCGUGCGGGAAGUGGAGGAGAAGUGCAAGUGCCACUUCGUCUGGUGCUGCAACGUCGUCUGUGAGAUUUGCAGGUAUAGGAAAGAGGAACACGUCUGCAACUAGACUAUGAACUGUGACGAUCGACUGAAGAUACCGAAGACUACGAUAUACUUACUCAAUACGUCCUCGUAUUAACAAGAUAACCAGAAUUGUUUUCUCAUGUAUCAACUGUAGAUAAUUGUAAUAACUCGUUUCUUCAAAAUUUGUCUGUUUAGAUUUAGCUCGUCAUCGUUUUAUACAACUUUAGGAUCUAAAGUCGUUUGAUAUUUAUUGCAAUUAUCUCAAACUCACGACUGCUUCGACCAUUCUCAUCCAGUAAAUGUAUCAUCACGUUGUAUAUUUAUUUAUGUGUUUGCACCUAGUACAUAAUUUAAUGAUGUGGAAUGUAUUGAAAUUUAUAUAGAUCUGUACAUAGAUUUUUAAUAUAUUUAUUAGGUACUUAAUAAUUGUAGUAGAGCUAAGUUCAUUGUACAUAGUUAAUUUAAUUAUAAACGUAAUUUAUGUCGUGUUCAAUCAAAACAUUAAAACUAGCUCAUCUAUGAAUUGCUCUGGUGAUAAAAUUAUUUUUCCAGUGUAUUUAAUGUGCCAUAAAUCCAUUCGAUUGACACUCAAAUUCCUUCUCUGUACUGUCUUCACAAAGAAAAUCGUACCGUAAUAAAUUAAUAAACUCUUUGUGUACA